AUGCCCAUCCAAAGCGCGCUAGAUAAGCUGGCGCACGAGAGCGAUGCCAUAUCCGUCCAAUCGCGCGCCAACAUCCGCGGUCCCGGCCCCUUCACGUCGGCCUACCUCUAUCUCGGGGGCGGCAACAUCUUCAGUCUCGUCCGAGAUGCGACGGACCCCGAGAAACGGCCCUUUGGUACACUCGUUCCCUCCUCUCCUUCUUCCUCUUCUUCUUCGCUCCCGAAACCCCGGCCACGCGCUAGUUCACCACUACGGAAAUUCACCCAAUCCCGAGGCACGCGUAACGAGUUGCCGGCCGCCCUGGCUGCGGCCGAGGAGGUCAUUGACACGAUGGCCGCCGAGCAUAGUAUGGCGCGAGCCAGGCGCGAGGUAGUUGGUUUCGCGGCUAGACAUGAGGCGAAUAAGGCGCGUAUGGCCGAGUUAGAGGCUGAGCUGGAAGAGGCCAUCCACAGUCCCCAGAAAGUCAAGGAAAAGGAAAAGGCGGCGGAGAAGGAACGAAGUGUCGACGAGGCUAUUGCCGCUGAAGAAGAGGCUCUACGUGCCCUCGAAGAGAGCCUUGGACCACUUAGGAGAAAGGUUGCGGAACAGAAGGCUGCGAUACGCAGUCCGGCGCGAUCGCCACGGUCACCCACGUCGCCCAAGAUAUCCAAGGCCUCACCAUCCCCUCUUCGCAAGUCCAAGGCCACAACGUCCCCUCUCCAGACUCCCAAGCCUCUCCUCAGGCCCCAUCGACUGGCGUCGUCGUCCCCGAAAGCUACAACCUCGCUUCGUGUGUCGACGUCGCGCACGCCUGCACGGCAGAUGCUCGAGACGCCGCGAGCCAACAUUACUCGCUUCUCGCCGCUGACGCUCGUUGCGACCCCGCGCACCCGCCUCGGCGUCCCAGGAAGCACAAUUGUGUCCCGCAUGCGCGCGAGCAUCACUCCAGCGCCGCGCAGCGCGUAUCGCUCCUCAGUGCUGUCUCGGUCCACCGCGCGCAUCCCCUCCCCCGUCCCCGAACCCCCCUUCGUCCCAGAUUCGACACCCAAGCCCAAGGCGUCGCCCAAACCAUCUCCAGCCAGGCCCCAAGCCAACACUACGCCAAAGGGCACACCCAAGCGCACGCCGAAGAAGCCGCCAAAGGCACCUGGCAUCGAUACGUCGCUCGCCUCAGUGGCCGCCGCCGCCGCGGUAAUCCGCAGGGCGCUCCCACCAGAAAUCUGGCGAAUGCUCCCCACCGAGCCCGGCGCCGACCACGCCGCGACCAUAGCCCACCUCGAAGCGCUUGCUGGCGCGUCCCUCCCCGCCCCGCCGUCUCCCAGCCAUUCCGAAGCGCCGUCAACCAUCGCUAGCGGCGCCGAUGCCCCGCCAGUCACUCGCGACGCGGUUCUCGCCGCCCACCUCUGCCUUGGGAUGCUGCGGCGACUUGGACCCGGCGCAUUCGACGACGCGACCAACCAAGUCCCCGAACCUGUUCUCAAGACCGAGCUUGCUGCUGUCGCCAGGGCGAGAGGUUGGGAAGGCGCCGACACGCUCGCGAACAGCGUCGUAUACCAGGCUCGCGGGCAGAAGUUACUGACAACGGUGUGGCGCGAUCGCACGGUCCACUUUAGGAAGUAG